AGCGCCCUCCCUGGGCCGGAGAGGAAGUGCCGGUGCUGCCGGGAAGAUGGCGGCGAUGGCGACAAUCCCUUCCUCGACUACGGCCUUGGCCACGACGACGGCCACCGCAGCAGCUCUCGGGGAGGUGGAGGAUGAAGGACUCCUGGCGUCGCUGUUCCGGGACCGCUUCCCGGAGGCCCAGUGGCGGGAGCGGCCCGAUGUGGGCCGCUACCUCCGGGAGUUGAGCGGCUCGGGGCUGGAGCGGCUGCGGCGCGAGCCCGAGCGCCUGGCGGAGGAGCGGGCGCAGCUACUGCAGCAGACGCGCGACUUGGCCUUUGCCAACUACAAGACCUUCAUCCGCGGCGCCGAGUGCACCGAGCGCAUCCACUGCCUCUUUGGCGACGUGGAGGCGUCGCUCGGCCGUCUGCUCGACCGCUUGCCCAGCUUCCAGCAGAGCUGCAGGAACUUUGUGAAAGAGGCUGAGGAGAUCAGCUCCAGUCGACGGAUGAACACCUUGACUCUAAACCGGCACACAGAAAUCUUGGAAAUCCUCGAGAUUCCUCAGCUCAUGGACACCUGUGUUCGGAACAGCUAUUAUGAAGAGGCCCUGGAGCUUGCAGCCUACGUACGCCGACUGGAAAGGAAAUACUCCUCCAUCCCUGUUAUCCAGGGCAUUGUGAAUGAAGUGCGCCAGUCCAUGCAGCUGAUGUUGAGCCAGCUGAUCCAGCAACUGAGGACCAACAUCCAGCUCCCUGCCUGCCUCCGUGUCAUUGGCUUCCUGCGGCGCAUGGAUGUCUUCACUGAGGCUGAGUUGAGGGUGAAGUUUCUUCAGGCCCGAGAUGCUUGGCUCCGUUCCAUCCUGACUGCCAUCCCCAAUGAAGAUCCCUAUUUCCACAUCACAAAAACCAUCGAGGCCUGCCGUGUCCAUCUGUUCGAUAUCAUCACCCAGUACCGUGCCAUCUUCUCAGAUGAGGACCCACUGCUGCCCCCUGCCAUGGGUGAGCACACCGUGAAUGAGAGUGCCAUCUUCCAUGGCUGGGUGCUGCAGAAAGUCUCACAAUUCCUGCAGGUGCUGGAAACCGACCUUCACCGGGGGAUAGGCGGCCGCCUAGACUCUCUGCUGGGCCAGUGCAUGUACUUUGGGCUGUCUUUCAGCCGGGUGGGGGCUGAUUUCCGGGGCCAGUUGGCUCCAGUUUUCCAGCGGGUGGCCAUCAGCACUUUCCAGAAAGCAAUUCAGGAAGCAGUGGAGAAAUUCCAGGAUGAAAUGAACUCCUACACCCUCAUCUCGGCUCCAGCCAUCCUGGGCAGCAGUAACCUGCCUGCUGCUGUGCCAGUCACUCAGCCAGGGACCCUGCAGCCGCCCAUGGUGCUCUUAGAUUUCCCACCCCUUGCCUGUUUCCUCAACAACAUUCUGGUCGCCUUCAACGAUCUACGCCUUUGCUGCCCUGUCGCCCUGGCACAGGAUGUGACUGGGGCCCUGGAGGAUGCCCUUGCCAAGGUAACCAAAAUAAUCCUGGCCUUCCAUCGGGCCGAAGAGGCUGCCUUUAGCAGUGGGGAGCAAGAGCUUUUUGUCCAGUUCUGCACUGUCUUCCUGGAAGAUCUUGUUCCUUAUUUAAAUCGCUGUCUCCAAGUCCUUUUUCCACCAGCUCAGAUAGCACAGACCUUAGGCGUUCCACCUGCUCAGCUCUCCAAGUAUGGAAACCUCGGGCAUGUGAACGUCAGCGUCGUCCAGGAGCCUCUCGCCUUCAUCCUACCCAAGAGGGAGAUGGUCUUUGGUCUAGACGAAAAGGAGCUAGUGCCUGAGCUCACAGCUCCAGCCCCAGAACUCCCCGCCGAGGAGCCGCGCCCCGAGCCUGUCACUCCGGCCUUCCCCGAGGGAGCACAAGAGGAGCUUGGGUCGGCGGAGCCGCUGCCGGCCGACGCGCCCACUGCGGGCACCUGACAGGCGUUCCCGCCCCAGAACCCGCGCGGUCCCCGGCCCUGGACGCCCGCG